AGACAAAUACCCUUAUGGCAACAACGCUACCCCCUCCAGGGUGAGUUGACAUCACCUGGGGUCCAGCUGGGCCGAGCAGGGCAGGAAGAAGGAGUCCAGUUGGCCCUCAAGUGAUCACCUGGAUUGUGAAGAUAAUGAUGAUUCACUUCUCUGCAGUGUUGAGUGGAACGAUGAGUUGGAAUUUAUGAUUUUGGAGUGGAGUUCAAGAAGGGGAAUUGUGAAGCAAAAAAACUGGGAGGAGGAACAGGUGACUGAAGGAGGAAGAGGAGGACAGGAAGAGUAUGGGCAUUUCUUCUGUGUGGAUCAUUCUACUGUCCCUUUCUCUUUCUCACCAAGGAGUCACAGUCCAAACUGAAGUAUGCAGAACGGUGGUACAGGCAGACAUAGUAUUUCUGGUGGAUGAAUCAUGGAGUGUGGGCCAGACCAACUUCAGCAGGGUCAAAGACUUCAUCUCAGCCCUCGUCUCCUCCUUCCAGGACAGUGUGAUGGGAGCUGAGGGUGUUCGCUUUGGCAUCACUGUCUUUGGAGACGUUCCAAGAAUGCGUAUUGCUUUGACAGACUACAGCUCACAGGAGGAGGUGCUCAGAGCCAUCAGAGACCUCCACUAUGAGGGUGGAUCCAGGAGGACUGGUGAUGCUCUCCAGUAUUUGGUUGACUCUGUGUUCAGUCCUGUCCUGAGUCGAGACCAUGCCCCAAAGAUCACUGUUUUGAUCACAAAUGGACGUUCAGAUGACCAUGUUGAUGCUGCAGCCAGAGCUGUGUCUGACAAUGGGAUUUCUCUUUUUGCAGUAGGUGUCAGGGGAGCUGAUGACUCAGAGCUGAAGAGGGUUGUGUCAGAGCCAUAUGAGGAACAUUUAUUGCUGGAUGCUGACUACUCUCUCCUGGAAGCCAUCCUUCCCAAACUGUCCCGCAGGGUUUGUUUCACUGCCUCUGAACCACCACGUCCUGUGAAAACUUCUCCGACUGUUGAACAGCGCAUAGUAGGCCCCAGAGAUCUCCAGGUCAGUGAGUUGGCCCACAGCUCUCUUAGACUGACAUGGACCCAGGCCACAGGUGAUGUCACCGGAUAUCGCCUCCUGGUCACCCCUCUAAGCUCCAUGGGACACCUCCACUCAGCACAGCAGAGACAGAUUGAUCUGAAAGCAGACGUGAGCACAACAGUGGUGACAGAGCUGAAUCCUAAAGCAGACUAUUCCCUCACUGUCUAUGCCAUCUACCCCAGCCACAUAGGAGACUCUGCAACAGUCACCGUCCAGACAACUCCUUUGCCCCAGGUGUCAAACUUCCGUAUUAUUGAGAAGGGUCUGUUCUCUCUGCGUUUGGGCUGGACACCACCUUUAGGGAAGCUUAAUGGAUUCAAGAUCUUCAUCCCACGAUCCAACCGACCAGGAUUUGCUUAUGAGCAGCUGCUUCCUGGAGACACCUCUUCUCAUGUGAUUGACGGCCUGGAGGAGGAUAAGAAGUACUCUAUCAGUAUUUAUGCUGUAUACCCCCAGGGACCAAGCAAACCGGUUUCCAUAGUGGGCAAGACAUUAAAGCUGGUCCCAGUCCACCAGUUCUUGGUCCAAAACCCCACCACGGACACAGUCCAGGCGAGAUGGACUUCAGUUAACGGUGCUACAGGAUACCGUCUAACAUGGGCAUCUCCAGAUGGCCACAUUGAGAACAUAAACCUUAGGAGCAAGAUUAACUUCUACAUGAUCCAGGGCCUCGACCCGGGCUCUGGGUACACCAUCACAAUCAACCCCAUCUUUGGGGACAUCGAGGGACCCAUCACCACCGCCGAAGUCAAGACAUUGGAAAGCAGUGCAGUACAGACUUUGAAGGUGUCUGCUGUGAGCACCAAUUCUGCUGUCAUCUCAUGGAACAGUGUCCCAGGAGCCACAGGAUACAGACUGGCCUGGGGACCCACCUCAGAGUUCAUUGGUCGGGACCGUCCCAGGCAGUUGGCUCUGAACAGCAGCACCACAGAGUACCAGCUGAAGAACGUAGUCCAUGAUACAGAGUAUGCCCUUUCUCUCUAUGUGCUGUUUGGAUCCGCGGUGGGCCCUGGUAUGACAGGUACCUUCAGAACUUCUCCUCUGGGCUAUGUGUCCAACUUCAAAGUGACAUCCUACACCAGUACUUCUAUAGAUGUAGAGUGGAGUCCAAUUGUAGGAGCCACUGAGUACAAACUCUCUUGGGACACAGAUGACAGCAGCUCCCAGUCCCGUUACCUGGACCGUCACAUUCUCUUCCAUCGUAUUGAAGAUCUGACUCCCCAGUCCACCUACACGAUCACCAUCUGUGCUGUUUAUGGCAACACAGAAGGACCAGAAAUUUCCUUAUCUCAGGUCACAGCUGCCAUCUCAGACUUAGAGCCAAUCCAAGCAGUGAAGGAAGUGAAGGUUGUGGACAUUGGUGUCAACUCCUUCACCUUGUCCUGGAGGAAAUCACCAAUGGCAUCUGGGUACAAAAUCUCCUGGAUCCCCUUCCUGGGGGGUGAUGAGAAGUCCCAUGUGGUAUCUGCUGCCACCUCCAUUUUCACUAUGCACAACCUGCAAGAGAGCACAGCUUAUAAGAUCCAGGUGUCCACAAUAGUUGGCAACAGGGAGGGAAGCCCAGUCCUGGUCACUGCACGCACCUUGGAUCUUCCAAAAGUGAAUGGUUUUGCUGCUUUGAACACUACAGACAGUGGCACAGUUCUGAACUGGACCCGAGUGGAAGGCAUCUCUGGGUACCUCCUCUCAUGGAGGCACAUCUCAGUACUGGAGACUAAAAGUGAGAUCCUUGGCCCUGGUUUCACCUCCUAUAAGAUCAGUGAUCUCCUGUAUGGCAGAACAUAUAUUUUCACCAUUAGACCUUUAUAUGGAAAAGUGGAGGGACCUAUAAGCACUGUGUAUCAGAGAAUAUUGGGAGAGGAUCCUCCAGCGGUAACAGUAAGGGCUGUGCUGGCCACAGAGGCCCCUCAUUCUCCUCGCAUCACAACUGCCUCACAGACUGCCUCGAUCACCAACACCACCGUCACUCAGACAACCACUAGGACCACCAGGCACCCCAUGGCUGCACCACCAACUAAAACUAUAACCACCAAGAAGCCUCCAGAAGCAGCGGUCACCACACUUCAAUUAACCACAUUCAGUACAGAAACAACAGCUCCACCACAGCCAGUGUGUGCUAAGACCAAAGCAGACAUUGUAUUAUUAGUGGAUGAGUCCUCCAGCAUUGGUGUUGAUAAUUUUGUCAAGAUGAAAGAUUUCAUAUUCCGAGUGGCCACUUACUUCCCUGUCAUUGGUCCUCAGGGUACACAGAUAGCUGUGGUUCAUUACAGUGAUGAGCCUCGAAUUGAAUUCCGACUAAGUGACUUCAGAGACAGAAACUCGGUGCUGAGAGCAAUUAGAGCAUUACGUUAUAGGGGAGGCAACACCAGAACAGGAAAAGGCAUCAGUUAUGUUCUGCAGGAACUGUUCCAGGAGUCCAUGGGGAUGAGACAAGAUGUGGCCCAUAUUCUGGUUCUGAUUACAGAUGGUCGAGCCCAGGACAAUGUGGUGCCACCCUCCAGAAUUGCACGUGCUUUGGGUGUCAGUGUCUUGGCAAUUGGAGUUUCUAAUGCAGACUUUGAAGAGCUGAAUAAAAUAGCAGCUCCUACAAGCUACAAGAAUGUCUUCUAUGCACCGACCUUUGAUGACUUUCCUUCUAUAGAGAGAGAAUUUAUCAUUAGCAUCUGUAGUGAGGAGCUCCUUUCUGAGUUCAAACCACAUGAUGAGUCUGCUCAGCUGGACACCCCGACUGAUGACCCAGAGGAGCUGCUUAAGCCCCAGGGUCCCUGCCCUUCCCAGUGUGUGAAGGGUCAGAAAGGGGAAAAGGGGCAUGGGUUUGGCUUUGGAGGGCUGAAAUUUAUGCAAAGCCCGGGACAGUACGAUCCUUUCACUGCUUCCAAAGGAGAGAAAGGAGAGAGGGGACUUCCAGGAACAGAUGGUGUACCUGGGUUGCCAGGACGACCAGGUAGAACUGGACCCCCAGGUUCUACCGGCCAGCGGGGCCCUCCAGGCAUCCUAGGUGACAUGGGUCCUCCUGGUCUCACUGGUCCAAAGGGACAAAGAGGAGAGAGAGGAGAGCCUGGAUAUGUUUUAGCUGGCACGGAUUCAAAUUUUGUUCCUGGACGAAAAGGAGAACCAGGAUCUUCAGGCCCCCCGGGUCCUUCUGGUGUACCAGGGGUCAAUGGUGCUCCAGGCCUGCCCGGCCAGCCCGGUCCCCCAGGAUCUCCAGGGAUAUCUGUCAAGGGAGAGCCUGGAGAGCCAGGAGCAAAAGGUUUACGUGGGAAGCAGGGUGUGAAAGGAGACAAAGGAGAGCCGGGAAAAGAUGGUUUUGCAGGUUUGCCUGGUCCCAUGGGCAUUGAUGGGUUACCAGGACUACCGGGUCAGAAAGGAGAUAAGGGUGAGAAAGGAAUUGGCAUACAAGGUAUUCAAGGUCCUCGUGGAGAGCUGGGAGAGAAGGGCAAUAUUGGAUUAACCGGACCAGUUGGGCCCAAGGGUGAGCGUGGCGAACGGGGCAUCCAAGGAAUCAUCGGACCUCGGGGAAAGAAAGGAUUCAAAGGGGAGCAAGGAGACAAGGGAGACCGAGGUGAGAUGGGACCAAUAGGACCACAAGGACCCACAGGAGUCACAGGGCCAGUGGGGUUAAAAGGAGAUGAGGGUCCACAAGGAGUCCCUGGAGAUCCUGCCAAGGGUAUAAUUGGUCCGACUGGAAAAAAGGGCGCCAGGGGAGAUGUCGGUCCAAUUGGCUCCACAGGCCCCCAGGGAGUAAAAGGUGAACGAGGAGACAAAGGAGACAAGGGCAGUCCAGGGUUUGGGAUUCCAGGACAGCAGGGACCAAAGGGAGAAAAUGGCGAGAGGGGAAAUGUUGGUUUGUCUGGAAAACCAGGACCAAAGGGGCAAGAUGGCUCUAAAGGUGACAAAGGGAAUGUAGGGUCACCUGGCAAUUCUGGAGAACCAGGAUCAAGAGGUAAAGAUGGUGGACCUGGAGCUAAAGGAGACCAAGGAAUUAAGGGUGAACAAGGACCACCUGGAGAGCCUGGUGAACGAGGAAUAAGGGGUCCGCUAGGGUUACCUGGGCGACCUGGGGAUGCAGGAGAGAAAGGAGAUAGUGGGAAGCCUGGGCUGCCAGGGACUGAUGGAAAGAAAGGCGACAAAGGAGAACCAGGGAAACCAGGGCCUCCAGGAACACAAAUUGUUGCAGACAACAACAUAGUGACCAGGGUGAUUAAGGGUGAGCCAGGGGAGCCUGGUCAGCCUGGUUUGAGAGGAGAAACAGGUCAGCCUGGACCAAGGGGUCCAGAAGGUAAACCAGGAUUACCAGGAUCAUCUCUGGGCAGUUCUGGAAGAAAUGGGCUUGAUGGUUUACCAGGAGUGAAGGGUGAACAGGGACAAAAUGGGGAGCCUGGUCUGGGGAAAUCCGGCAUUGACGGGAAGAGGGGCCUGCCUGGACAAGAUGGAGGAAAGGGGCCAAAAGGAGAUGAUGGUGAAAAGGGGGAGAAGGGAGAAGCAGGAACAAACGGUAAAAAUGGUAAUAAGGGGGAACCAGGACCUCCAGGUUUGCCUGGUAAACAAGUGCUUGUCACUGCAGAGGACGCCACCAUUGGUGAAAUCCGACAAGCAUUUCCAAUCCCAAUGGGUCCUCCAGGAGCUACUGGUUCACCAGGAAUAAAGGGUGAUAAAGGAGAAAGAGGCCUUAAAGGAGAGAAGGGUGAUGCUGGAUCUCAUGGAAAAUCAGUUGAGAUGAAGGAUAUUGAAGUAAUGUUUGAAGCCUAUGGCAUAAGGCUGCCUUUGCUGAAGGUUUUGAUUGACAGGCUACUGCAAGAUGGAAUAGAGGAGCUGCUUAGUGUGCUCAGCACUGCCAAGAAAACAAAGGAGAACACAGAUACUCACACUUCCAACAUCAUCACUGAUUUCACAAGUUCAGUGACAUUUUACCUCACCAGCCAGCCACUGUCUGAGCUGGAUCCCACUGAAGAGCCUGAUUUAGAUGACCAGUUUCCAGAGACUUUAUCUGUUGAGCCUUUGAAUGAGCCUGCAGAGGGUCCUACUGUAUGGACAGCCACCACACUGAGUGGAGAGCAGGGGCUUGACAUGACCGAGAGCAAAUUAAAGGGCUCCAGAAGGAUGGAGACUGGGGACAGUGAUGAAGUGUCUUCACUCAAAAUUAACCUGACUGUAGUCAAUUCUACUUUCAAUGACACUAUGACCCAAGAGACGGUUUCAGGGAUAACAGGGGCCGAGGCGGAGCCUACUCUCCUGACUCAGGAAGAUUUUCUGAAGAAGACUUCAGGACAAAAGAAGAAGAACAAGGAACGUGGGAAGGGCAAAGGCACUAAAGGACGGCAUAAGAGGCAGAGACAGCGCCUGACAAGUGAACAGAACAAGCAAGAAGAAGAAGAGGAAGAAGAGUUUUAUUAUGGUGAAGAAUACACUUAUGAAUAUGAGGACGAACUUUUCCCUGGUGGCCCCUCAGCCUCUCCAGAGAGACAGGAGGAACAAUUAACCACACAAAGUCCUGUCCAAGUAGAAACAUCUGCAGAAACCUCCAGUCAUCCUCCAGCCUCCCUGUCAGACAGAGAAAUAGAUUCACAGGUUGUCCUGACAACCACAGAGCCUCUAUCCCAAUCCAUGGAGGAUACAGAAGAGGACCAGGAUGAAAUGUCACUGCGUGCACCUCCCGUCACAGCAAAAGAACCAGACCAGGUGCCUCGAUCUCAAAUGAGGGUUAAAAGAGGUGCCCCAUGGCAUGAUUCUAGGGUGUUCAUGCCAGGUGCCCUGGGUGGAAGAAAUCACUUCAAGAAAAAAGAAAAACACAUAUAA